AAAAUCUUAAUUACCUAUAAGACGAGGACGAGGAAGAGGAAGACUCACGUCUGUAAUGGCCAACUAAGUAAAAAUUAAUAAACAAGUAAAAUGUUUGGUGUAGUGAAAUACUUAGCAUUCUUGCUAAAUGAAGUGUAUGAGAAGCACAGAGAUCCACGAGUACAACAUUUUCUUCUGGUUGGGUCACCUUUUCCUCCUUUAGCAAUUAUAGCUGUGUACCUAUUAUUUGUGCUGCACUAUGGACCUAAGUGGAUGGAGAACCGAAAACCUUAUGAAUUGAAAAAUGUCAUGCGAAUAUACAAUGCUAUUCAAGUGGUGGCGAAUAUAAUAAUCUUUAUAAUUGGUAUAAGAUGUUCUGCGUUGCACAAGGAAUACAGUUUACUUUGUCAACCUAUUGACAACGACAAUACAAAGCCAUGGAUGUUAAAACUUCUUAAUGCAUCUUAUUGUUAUUAUUUAACAAAGUAUUUGGAUUUAUUUGAUACGAUUUUUUUCGUAUUACGUAAAAAAAAUAGGCAAAUAACAUUCUUGCAUGUUUAUCACCACGCGGGCAUGGUUUUUGGCUGUCACAUUCACAUGACGUUUAUGGCAGGAAGUCUUUCAACAAUGUUGGGUAUGGUCAAUCUUGUGAUACAUACAGUUAUGUACUCGUACUAUCUGGCAACGUCGCUACAACCUAUCAAAGAGGCUCUGUGGUGGAAGCGCCAUAUCACAGAAUUGCAAUUAUUGCAGUUUGGUUUUCUGAUGGUGUUAUACUUGCAGGCUAUAUUACGCAAGUCUUGUGAAAUACCACUUCCAGUGUCCAUGGUUGCUUUCAUGCAGAAUCUCUUUAUGUUUGCGCUUUUCUUCGAAUUCUAUUUCAAGACCUAUUUGAAGAAACAGUUUUCGAGUUCGAAGCCGAAAGUAGAAAGUUGUGCGAAAGAAGAGAGCAGCGCCAGUACGAACAGCGAAUCUUUGAAAACUCAGUAGCGUUAGCUUUAUUUUAAUUAACUUUACUUAAGUGUACAACAAUCAUAAAUUUACUUAAUAAAAUGUCACUUGAAUUGCCUUGCUAUGUA